ACUAUCAACUCCAUUGUGACGACCCAUACAAAAAUAGUCUCUAAUAUUAUUUUGUUUCUGGCAAGCGACAUCAUCGAAUAAAAAUAUUGAAUUGUUUUUAGCGUCUGAAGGAGGCAUUAUUUCACAAUUGUUUGAAAAUUCGUUGUAUUCCAUUCCUUUGAUAGAUGUAAUAAGUUUUUUAAGAUAUUGAUAUUUUGGUUGGUGUAAGGAUUUGGAAUAAAUAUAGAUAUUUUCAAAUUUUAAACCAUUGGGGUCAAGAAGGAUGCUAAGCAUUACAUUUGUUUUUCCGCAGUUUGAUGGUCCAACGAUAAUUCCUCGAAUACUGUUUGGAAAUAAGUUUCCAUGUUUUUUCUUAAUUUUUACAUUGGAAUCAAAAUUCCUUACUUUUAUGACAUCUGACUGCUUUACAAAACGCAUAAUGACGACUAAGAUCUUUUUUAAUAAAACAUUUUGUUUUUAUACACUUGUAAUCAUAAAUGUUUCAACCUUCAACUAAGAAGGUGUGUUAAUCAUACUAUGAUUGAACAUAACACUCAGAAUCAGUGUAAUAAAAAAAGAAAAUCAUUUGAAGGAGAAGGGCUUUUGAAUAAAGUUAUAGAUAAGCUACCAUUUGAACUACAUAUUCCUUCAUAUAAUUAUUGUGGACCUGGAACGAAAUUGGAGGAACGUCUACGAAGAGGAGAUAAAGGAAUCAACCAACUGGAUGAGGCUUGUCGUCUUCAUGACAUUGCAUACUCAAAAAGUAGCUUUCUCUCAGACCGACACAUUGCUGAUAAAAUUCUAACCGAGCAAGCGUGGAAAAGAUUUAAAGCAAACGACUCAUCAACCUCUGAAAAGUUAAGUGGACUCCUAGUAACCAACAUGAUGAAAGCUAAAACUAAAUUUGGAAUGGGCAACUGCAAGACCAAAAACGCUAUUAAAAGAACUAAAAAGACAAAAUCAAAAAAGGUUUGCAAACAGAACAUGUUUAAAAAGGCUAUAAGCGAAGCAAAAAAUGCUAUUAAAAACAAUAUAAAUUGUUGUGGAACAACAUCUAUUGCUAAUAUUGCUGUGAAGGCUGCAAAACAUGUUAUUAAAAAUAAGAAAAAACAAAUUCAAACACCAAGAAUAAUUCCACUUCCAAAAAGUGGUGGUUUUCUACCACUUCUAGCUCCUAUUCUAGCUGGUUUAUCUGCUGUGGGAUCACUAACAGGUGGAGCAGCUGGCGUUGUAAAAGCGCUCAAUGAUGUACGAGCUGCUAAAAGACAGUUUGAAGAAAACAAGCGUCAUAAUAAGACUAUGGAGUCAGUUGCUAUCCAAGGAAAUGGACUGUUCUUAAAACCAUAUAAAAAUGGUCUUGGACUUUUUUUGAACUCAACAAACACAAAAAACUAAUUGAGUUGCUACCUAACAAACCUUUAAGCAAUUUUGAUAUUCAUCAGUUUGGAAAGAAACACUUGAAGCAUUUUAGAGGAGUUUUUAUGCGUAACUCUUUACCAAAAGUACCAACAUUAAAAGAGUGUGGUGUUAUAAAUCUGGAUAGUGAAAGUGGCUUGGGAACUCAUUGGGUAGCAUAUAUAAGAAAUAAAAAAAAUAAUACUGUUAAGUAUUUUGAUAGUUUUGGAAAUUUAAGACCACCCUCAGAAUUAAUAAGCUAUCUUGGUAAAAAAAUAAACUAUAAUUAUAUAACCGAACAAAAUUUUGAUACGUUUAU